AUGUGUAUCGUCAACGAAUAUAUCUCCCGUACAGGCUGCGGCCACAAUGUCGAUGUAUUUAGGAGAUGCGCAAAGGCUAUCAAUGAAGGUCAAAUACAAUGUGACUCAACCUAUAUCGCCAAACCUAUCUCUUUGGAGAACAAGCGCUGCGAAAAUUGUGAAAGCAACGAUAAGAAUGAAGUCCCUCAAAAUCAAAAGCCAAAACCAAACCGGGCUAAAGAUCUUUUCGACAAACUUCUGCAGUACCCCCGUCGUAUUAAACAUGAUACUCACGAGAGAUUUUCUCCCCCAAGGCGGCAACAAGUGGCAUCGAUGGCUAAUGGGAGGUGGAAAGGGGGCCAGGGAAUUAGAAAGACACGACCUAAGUCGAGGAAAAGGGAUCGAAUCGAGUUCGAUGCGGCCUGCGUUGAUUACCUGACCAUGGAGCUUGACUAUGGAGAAGCCAAAGAAAAUAAUCGACUUAAACCCGGUCGUAAGCACACUGGGCCUGUAUAA